UCCACGAGACUGUUGAGUCGUGCAUUGUCAUGAGAUUCGAGAUGUUUUGGCAAACAUUACCAAAGCCUUGCAAAUGAGACACAUGAAUAAACAAAAUUUCGAAAGAAGUAAUCUACGACGAUCGUAACGUAAGAUUUCACGGUGCCUGUUAAAGCUUUAAGUUGACGAUUACGAAUUGGCGUGUAUCGCAUGUGCCCGCGGUGUUCCGGAAAGAGCGUAGUACUGUCUUCGACGCAGAAUUGAUUUCCCAAGUUGUUAGAUUUGUGGACGAAAAUCGCGUCCGAAUAUCGAAGGACACGUAAACAUUGAUAUGCCGCUACUUCGUAAACAGCCUUUCCUGCGACUUCACGUCUCUUCAGACUUCAAAGACGACGAUGAAGUUUUCCAUUGCGAGGUUACCAAUGAAAUCUUCAAGGACUAUAACGAGUUUUGUGAAAGAAUUAUUUUAUGCAAUUCGUUGAUAUGGUCAUGCAGUAUUACUGGCAGAACUAAUAUGACGUACGAAGAAGCUUUACAAUGCGAAGAAAAUGCAAAAAAGAGCCUGAAGGAAUUUCCUAUGGAGUUACGUAUUCCUAUAUUGUAUCUUGCUAGUAAAACAAACAGAUCAUCUUUCAAUGAAAUGAUAGAAGAUGUAUAUCAAUUUGCAAGAGAUCGAUAUUUUAUUGGAGAAAUGGUAGAAGCAAGUUUUACAGAGGAUUCUUGGUGCGAUUGUCAUGUUCUUCAAGUUAUCGCACCCACGGAUCAACAAAUUAAAUCAUACGCUAAAGAGAAUAGAAGUCCACAAGAGCAACAGUAUCAUCCGCCAGCAAAAUUGUUUCGUUAUGAAGUAGAACAAUUAGACUGUGGAGAUUCUGAUGUUAGCCAACUUAUGAUAGUAGAAGCAGCACAAGUGAGAAGAAGAAAACAACAUUAUAGCAGAGAACGUAAUAAAAUAUUUUUGCGUCAAUUAUGCGGGCAAAACGAAAGCGGUAUAUGGAUUGUUAAAGAUAGUGUUUUACAAAAAUAUGGAAUUAGCAAAGUGCGUUUUGAUACUAUAUUCGCUGGUUUUCCUCCAGAUUUCACAUCACGUUCUAGAAAACUUGUUAAACACAAACAAGAGACAAUAGAAAAAUUUCUUACAUCAGAUAUAUCAAAACAAAAAGCACUGGAAAAACCUGAUCCUCUAAAAAAGGUAAAUCAAACUGGGGUGGACAUAAAGAAAUUUCGAAAACCAAGAGCGAAUGGAAAGUUUAAAGAAGACCUUAAAGCGAAAGCACUCGAAGAAAAAGCAAAACGAAAAGAAGAAAGAGUCCUAAAAAGCGAACGUAAAAAGGAAGAAAAACAGAAGUCGGCUGCUUUAGCUGCUUAUGUCAGACAAUGGAAUAAACCGAGGGAGGAUCUCGAAUGCGAAGACCUUUCCCCUAUUCCACAACCUGUUCCGGUUAAGAGUAGCAUACCUAAUGAAAAAUUUGGCGACAGUGUUAUGAUUUUAGAAUUUCUAGAAUUUUUUAACGAGGAGUUAGAUGUCAGUGCAUAUUUUCCAAACGGUUUUACUUUAGACUUGUUGGAAAAGGCGUUGUUGAUGAAAGAAACAUCUGGACCUUGGAGCGAUCUCUUGCAGUUAAUACUGUCUAAUAUUUUCAUACAUCAAGCAGACGAAGAAGAUGAAAUUCAAGCAUCUGAUUUAAUAAAUGAUAUUAGUAUGUACGAGGGAGCAUCAUCAAUGACAAAAGCUGUUAAACUUGCGACAAUGGCUUCUACUUGGUGCCAAAUGUAUCAAGGCUGUAAAUUAUCCGAACUACCGAUGGAUCAUUUAACGGUUAGUGAGAUUUUAAGACAACAUUUGUUAAGUUCUGGAGGACGAAUAGGGGAAGCCGCCUCCAAAUGGAGAUAUUCUCAAAGGGGUGGAUAUACGAAUCACGAUGAUCCUGCGCUUCUGAUGAGGAUAAACGAGGCAUACAUUUUAAGAUUGUUAGGGCAUCGUAAUGUUCAUGAGUUUGAUAUAGACGAAAAAUUAAAAGUUGUUACGUGUCUGAUAAAUCAGUUGCUUACCUUCGCUUCGAUACGGGACGUGAUUGAAGAGAAGCAUGAAAAAGUUCAUCAGGCCAAAAAAGAGCUGAGGUUUUACAUACUAGCCGAGCAAAGAAAAGAGAAAGAAGAAAAAGAGAAAAUGAGAGAUCGCGAAAAAGAUAAAGAGAGCAAAAUACCAAAGAAAAUUACGCGUGGCAACUGCGAAGAGGAAAAACGAAAAGAGGAAUAUGAAAAUAAAAUAAAAGAACUUCAACAGGCAUCCAAGGAUGAUAAAAUGAUGCUCUAUUUAGGUUCCGAUAGAGCUCAUCGUAGGUACUGGCGUUUUUUAUCAAUACCAGGAAUAUUCGUAGAAAACGAUGAAUGGUGGCCAGGUACUUGCCUUCCAGAAGGUACACCUUAUCAACCAGAAUUACAAGAUAGCGAGUCUAUGUACGCAUAUUUAAGAAAUAAAUUCGAAGAUGAAUUCAGCGAUAAAGAAAAUAGUUUUAAAAAAGCAAAGAAGUCUCCCAAGAAGGUGACAUUUGCCGAUAAAAAUGGGUUGAAGUCGCCGAGGAAAGAUUUACCGCGAAAAGAAUUUAAGAAAGAUCACUCCGACGUUAAGAAAAAUUUAAUGGCUUGCACAGGAGAUAGAGAAUGCCCGGUUCAUUGUAAAAGAUCAGAACCGAAAUGGAGUUUCUAUGGGAAUCAGGAAGACAUAGAAGCUUUGAUAAAUGGUUUGAGCAAACGAGGCAUUAGAGAGGGAGAACUCAGAAAUAAUAUUACACAAGAGAUGACGAGUUUGGUAUCUGUAAUCGAAGAAUGUCCUAGGCAUAAACUUAAUCCUGAAAUUUUUUCAGGACCUAUUAAAGGACAGGCUGGUAAAGCUGCGAAAAAAAAUAAAUAUGAAAAUGCAAACCUAAAUUAUUCUUCGGAAUUAUCUGUCAACGACGUUUUAGAACUAACUCUGAGGGAUUAUAUCCUAGAUUUUGAAGAUAAAAUAAAAGUAGCUUGUUUGGGAGGACUGAAAGUCGUUAGUCGUGAAGCAUGGAGAAGUGCAAUCGAUAACGGGCGCUACGAUAAACAGUGUGAUAAAUUAGCGUUUGGUACAAAUGAAGUUGAAGUAGAUAUUGCUUCUAAUUUAACAUUGGACAAAGUUAAGAACGAAGCUAAGCAUAGCAGGCCAGGUACUCCGGAUUCAGAAAUUGGUAGUAUUAAUAUGAAGACUUACAAAGAUUCAGGCAAAUACUUAGGCCCGUCGCAAGAGAACGAAGCACCCGUAGAUCCUAACCAGCAAGCGUCUAUUAAACAAAUGGCCUGCGCUAUUUUACAAUUAUCGCACGCCAUAGAUCAGAAGUACUUCCGAAGACCGUUGGGUCACGACGAGAAGGAUAAAAAAUGGUCCGGCGAGGAAACUAGAGAGAGAUGGGAACAGUCGCUUAUGGCAUCUAUCAGUUGGUCUCAGUUAUUUUUGCAUUUAAGUACUUUAGAAAAUAGUAUCGCAUGGAAUAAAAGUGCGCUCAAUGCUCAGUGCCGUAUCUGUAGACGGCGACGAGAUGCCGAGAAAAUGCUACUCUGCGAUGGAUGCAACAAAGGCCACCAUUUAUAUUGUUUAAAACCAAAACUUACUACUGUACCGGAAGGGGAUUGGUAUUGUAAAACGUGCAAGCCAUCGAUGAAGUCGAAAGAGAAAAUUAAAAAACGAAAGAAAUUUGAGGAAUUGGAGGAUGAAGUAAUAUUGACCAAAGAAACUCGACACAAUCGGGCUAAGCGUAUUCUCGAGAGCGAAGAAGAAGAGGACCAAGAGGACAAUGAACUGGAGGAAGAGAGCGACGGGAAUAUGAACAGUGAAAUAGAUAUAUGCAAUGUCUGUAGAAGUGGCGGGAAAUUGAUCAGUUGCGACGCAUGUUCAAACUUUUAUCACAUGGAGUGUAUAGAACCUCCCAUAAUAAGAGCUCCCCGCGGAAGGUGGUCCUGUACAGACUGCAAAGAUAAAAAAGAUAAGAGGUCCGGUACAAAAUAUGUGAGGGGGCGUGAAAGGGAAAGGGACAAGGAGAGACUGUGCGCUGCAGCAGCACGCUCUCGCAUCCAUGGCUUUGCCAAGAGCCUCCUCACUACAGAAUCUACAGACUGGGACGACAGUAGCAAUUCAGAAGAUGCGGAACCAAGGCAGACGAGGAGAGCGACUAAAAGAGCUGCUGAAAUAGAACAGGAUAAGGAACCGAUUAAGGGAAGUAUGUCGAGACUGCCGGAAUUACUUGCGGAUAUCAGGCAACAUAGGGAUUCGUGGCCGUUUCUAUCACCAGUCACGAGAGACGAAGUUCCAGAUUAUCAUGAUAUUAUUUCCAAUCCUAUGGAUUUCGGAACAAUCAAGUAUAAACUUAACAACGGGGAAUACGAAACACUGGAGGACUUCUUCAAUGAUUGUCAGUUAGUAUUUAAUAAUUGUCAGACUUAUAACGAAGAACAUAGUUCAGUGUACAAUUACGUGUACAGAGCAGGUAUGAGGUUAUUCAAGUACUUUGAAAAACGAUGUAAAGAGUUACGGUUGAGCUACGACGAGGAAUUCCUACAACCGCCAGACGCAAAAAAGACAAAAUUUGAAGAGAACGGUCUUAUCGAUAACGAGGACGAAGACACAGAAGAUAUUCAAAAGACAAGAUAGAAACGAAAUACACGCCUCAACACGUUAUACAUAUUGCAUAUUAAUUUCUGUUUCCCGAUAUGUAAAUUGAGUGUACCUUGAAAAUGCAUAUGGGUUACUACACUGAUGUUAAACAGUGUAUAAAUUCAUACUUCUACAAAAGGUGUUGUGUAAAUUCUGUUACUGAAACGCUUCAUUUGUUAAGAACUAGACGAUGCUAUAUAUAAUUUACUAAACUAAUCCAUAGAGUCGCUCGAUAAAGUGCUGCAAGUAUAACGUACAUUCGGAAUGUCACUUUUAACACCUAUCGAAAGUCUUGAUUAGUGUUUCCUUAGACUUGCUGAAAUAAAAAAAAAAAAAAAAAAAAAACAUGCACAGUAUUAUUCGUAGAAUUUUAUGCAUGAUGUAAUUUGCUCUCGCAUAUUUUUAAGAGUCCUUAAUAUAGAGCGUUUUACAAACAAGCAAACAGCAAGCGCGUGAGCGAUGAUAUUAAUUUCAUUCGCUCGAGCCAGUAUAAGAGGGUAGUUUUCUGAGUUAGCGUUAUUAUUAUAUAAAAAAAAAACAAUUUGUUAUCAAACAAAUAUUUUUACAUUAUAAUUAUUUAUUAUUUUAGCACUACAUGUACGAUUAUCAUUUUAAGUAUUUUUUCACUAUACAAAACAUCUCAAAGGCCUUCAAAGCUUCUUCACUUAUGCAAACUCCACAUUUAUUCAUUAUCUGCCUUUCGAACUAUGUAUAAAUCAUGCGAAAUGCGAUAACGUGAUGAUACGACUGACAAGUUUAAAAAAUUUAGUACUCGCGUAAUAAACACGGAGAAA